UGUUUGAAGUUCAUGGUUCAGUUCAAGUCCCUUUUGAGAGUGCAGAAAGAGAAGGUUUCUAGGACCCAGCUAGUUUGGUCUUCUUCAGGCUCUUCAGAGUGAUUACAGGGUGGGAGGUAGGAUUCUGGGUUUAGUGGUAUGUAUGAAUGAGAGGGAGAGAGAAAAUCUGAACUGAAAAGACUUGUGGUAGAAUAGCUCUGGCGUCGCCAGGCAACUGACCUGACGCAACCAAAAAAAAAAAAAAAAAAAAGUCCCUUAAAAAAAAAAAAAAAGAAUAGCACCGCGAAUUCACAGGAGCAUGGGAGAAAAGGGAGGGAGUGAGAGGAGAGGGAGAGGCAGCUACUGAGACAGUAACCAAAAGGCUAGGAAGCAAGUAAAACCACACCACAAAUAACAAGUUGGGUGUAUGGAGGAAGAAGACUGAGAAAAUAUGCCUCUGGAAUAUUAAACGGGAUGGCCUCAUCUGUGUGUGUGUGUAUGUAUGUGUGCGAGCCCCGGGCACUCUGAUAUGUGGAUGUGUACAGCAGACAGAGGAGCAGGACCUGAGACUUCUGCUGCCACUGGCAUUUGAAGGACCUUGAUCCCUCCUCCGGGGGCCAACAAUAAUCCAGUCCUGUGGAUCCUCUACACUAUCAUCUAGGCAAUGAUCUCAAGAGCCUGGGGCUGAGGAAGAAGAAGAAGAGAAAGAGAGGAAUUGCAUUGUUGCCAGUUACACUUGAUGCUUUGGGGAAACAAGAGGUUGUAGGAUGACUACACCCCAGAUUCACAUAGAAGAAGUGGUAGGUGGAGAAGGAGGAUUCUUAGGGGCAACCCCUCCUCCUGAUGACCACCUUCUGAGCCUGAAGGUUCUCACAGAGAAACUGAGGCUUCAGACACGGAGGCCUUCCUACCUGGAAUGGCAAGCCAAGCUGGAGGAGCAGACUUGGAAUUUCCCCAGGUCUACUGAUGAGCAGGAGGGAAAAGAAUCAAGGAAAUCCACCGAAGAGGAGUUGCCUCACCUAAGGAAGCUGAAACAACAGUUACAUGGGAGUAACAGUCAGGAUCAGCCACCUCUGACUACUAGAAAACUGGAUAGUUUUGAAAGUAUUGAUGAAGCUUUGCAUUGGCUAAGGAAGGAACUGGCAGAGAUGCGAUUGCAGGAUCAGCAGUUGGCCCGACAGCUGAUGCGCCUCCGCAGCGACAUCAACAAGUUGAAGAUAGAGCAAACCUGCCACCUCCACCGGAGGAUGCUCAAUGAUGCUACUUAUGAGCUGGAAGAGCGGGAUGAGCUGUCUGACCUCUUCUGUGACUCCCCUUUGGCCUCCUCCUUCAGCCUUUCCACCCCACUUAAGGUCAUUGGAGUGACCAAGAUGAACAUCAACACCCGCAGAUUCUCCCUCUGCUGAAGGAGAAUGAGAUGUGGAGAUCAUCGAAAGGGGAGUGGUGCAGUAAAGGGUUAGCAGGGAGAUACACAAGCUCAGAUGCCCAUCAGCAGUGGGACAAGUUCCAGGUGGAGAGGUUCCUGAGCACGGGGCUGAGCUCCUCAGGGAACUGAGGAGCUUGCAGGUCUUGGCUGGGGUGAUUUGGAUCCACCAGAACUAAGGAACUAGCACUUUCAGACAGAUGCCUUCAAGAUUCCUUAUCUGCUUAAUAUCUGAGGGUUCCUUCUAUAAAGCUGUUUUACUAGUGAUAGUGCUGUAAGAGAUUGGUUCCUUCCAACCUCCUAGUCGAGCCUCCUCUCCAUUCCAUGCCCAUGUGCCUGUGAACACAAAUCACUGGUGCUAUGACCAGGGCUGCUAAAGGGAGGAAAAAGUCCCUCUGCCCCAGGCACUGUGGCCCUACCCUUAUUGCCAAAGGAUCUCCAUGGGUAUCAGAUAUAAUGAACCCCCAAAUUAUAGGGAGGUGAUUCUUGUGCUCAGUGUACCCAUCUCAGUGUCAAUGUCCCUCUUAAAGUAUUCUCCAUGUAUUCUAAUCUAAUCAAAUCUAGAAGCAUUUAUUAAUGCUGUGGUAGGCACCGUGUAUACAAAGAGAAAAAAGUGUUCUUCCCCAAGGAGUGCAUUCUUCUGAGUGAGUAGUAGGACUCUACUACUUAUACAGUUAGGUAGCAGAUACACUUUUACAUAGGCUUUCUUGGAAAGGGAACUCCUAGAACUAACAGCUAGGAUCGUGUGUUCCUGGGUGCUGAAGAGUAAGAUCCUUUUGGCAAAGCUAGUCAAAACCUUUGCCAGUUUUUGGUUUAAGUUCUUAGGUAGCAGUAGAAAGAGAUACCAUUUCUGCUACAUAGUCUGAUGGGCCUUCUCUAAUGUAAUGCAUUAGGGACACAUGUUGAACUUAGGUUUUACUGUCAUUGAGCAGAAAAUACCCAAGAGAACCGCCAAAGACGCCAUGUAUUGUUGUUCCCAUUUCUUUAUUCCUCCCCCUCAUGCCCAAGGGAUCACCAUGAAGAUCACACAAUAGGUUGAAUUCAAUUUUUCCCUUUAAGAUAACCAUAGAGUUACCUGGGAAGUGCCAGAAAAUGCCUCUUCACUGAGCUUGCUUGUACCACCUCCCUAACUUUAUUUCCAUUUUUACUGCCUUCCACAAAGACAAUCAAAAUCAGCUAUCACCAAGUCUAUGUAUCCAACCAAUUUCCCAAUCUGAUUGAAUUAAACAGUUACUUGUAAUAGCAGGUAACUGAUUAGUUCUAUCCAAAGGGAGGAACUAGUUGAUUGUGACAGUGCUCUGGGCCUAGAAGAAAUGCUUUCUGUUUUCAUAGAACCAUCUCCACUGACACUGUAAAGGCCAAUAUCUGAGAGAACUGAGACUCAACAAAUCAAAAAAAAUCCAAAAAACCCAAACAACAGAAUAUUUGUCACAAUGUCCCCAAAUCAGCAAUAAUUGAAUUAUAAGAGCAUUAACUUCAGAACUAGAAAAGACCAAUAAUAUCACCUUGUCCAAUUCCUUUAUUUUGAAGGCUCUGCACAAAUAACUUAUUCAAAGUCAUAAAGUUACUUAACAAUAUAGCUCUCCACUUUUGCUUUAACCUAGUUUCCUCACAUUUCCUGUGCAAUCCAGCUCAGCUGAUUUCCCAGCCCUGCCUCCUUCACUGUAUACUCCUCUUUUUUGAAUUUAAAAUGUUUUGCCCAGCCCCAGAUGGGUUUCUGGACAGCAGAGAGCACAUAGAUUAACAUUUCUACUCUUUAAGCACAACAUCCUACUGCUCUUUUUCUCCUUUAAGGUUCCAUGGGACUUAGUCAAGACACUUUUAAGAGUUUUUAUUCUAUUUUCUGAUUUCUCCCUAAUCCCUGAGCACAACUCUAAUAAAAACAAAAAACACCCACACAUUACAGAUAAGAGCCUAGGCUAUAAAAAUAUCCUUUAUGUGAAAAUGUGCACAUAAGCAAUUAAGUCACUGGAAUAUAUAAGUAAGGAAAAGAGCAAAGAGGAGAAAUAUGGUAGGUGAACAAUAACUUGAAGUACUUCUGGAUUUUUCUAGGUGGCCAAAGAAUUUGAUUAUUUCUGUCAUUUGGAGCAGGUGGCAGAAGGAUAAGACAGUGAUCUAAGAUAAACUUACCCAGAGCUUUGAUUUCCACCUUCUGAUCUGAAAAGAAAAGGAGGUUUAUAGCACAAGUACAUCCUUGUGAAGUUGGUACUGGGCUCCUGCACUAAAUAUAUCUUGUAGAAGCUGGAGACUAUCACCUUAAUAAUGAUUUCAAUGUUUACCUAGAAACACCAAUGUACUCUAAGAGGCACUCCUGAGCUUCUUGGAGAAAGAGGCCUUUAAUGCAAUGGGGAAAUGCAGUGUUAGGAUGAAUAGAAAUCUGAUUUAUUAUGAGAUAGAGAAGAUACUCUUUUUCCCAUAUGUACAGAGGCAUGUACAAAUGGUCCAUGUCUCUCACACAGAAAUUAGAUACCCAAGCACUCAAAAUAUACUCACACACUUCAAACAUAUAUUUAAUCAGAACAAUUUUAGACCUACAAUGUAGAUGGGAACUGACCAACUUAAAGUGCACUCCCAAUUUUGGCCCAAGUACAUAAUCUGAGCAAUGAUCAAUAUGAUAGAUAGUGGAAAAAUUGGCCCUUUAGAUGGAAAAACAUGAUUUGACUCAUUAUUGAUUUGAUACAUUCACUUAUUUAAUUCACAGUUAUUGAGUGUAUGGAACUAUUUUAGGUAGAGAGAGAGGGCAACACUGAUAAAUAUAAUAUAGAUGUCCACUCUUCCUUCUCUCAAGAUUUUGUGAUCUUAUAUACGAAUAUUUACAGUCAAAGGAAAAGUGCAUUGAAGAGGCUUGUAUAAAGCCCCUUGGCUUUAUGAGAUAAUGGGACUAAAAAGGGGGGGGGGGGAAGCAGUUUCUGACAUGUGGCUGCAAGCUUCCUCAUAGUCUCCAUUUUCCAGGAGUGAUUCUUUUCAAAUAGUAGUGCAUUCCCAUCACUUUUCCUGUGUCAGUCAUAACUUUGUAUUGAAAGUUCCUUUGUAGAUUGGUCCUGCCUUGGGCAAAUUAUUGCACAAAUAAAUUCCAUCUCCUUUCCCCUCUCCAUUCUCAAUACAAAUUUAAUCAUUCAAGGUAGGCCUUAACGUUCUCUGCCAACAGACUCACCAGAUUUAUAAUGGGUAGCUAACUGGUCCAAUGUGUGUAUUAUGUCUCCUGCUUGCAUUGUUUUCUUAAUCUGUCCUGUGCCAAGCAUCUCAAGUGUGACAUGCAGCAGACAUAUCAUUGUCUAAGUAACAUUGUCUAAUGGCUUUGUAUUUACAGUAGCCAAUCAUGAUGGUCUAUUGACCCUCAGAUAUCCUGACAGUUUUGGAUCUCCUCACAUGUAUCUCUUAGCAAUACCAAGUGCUAUUACAUAGCUGACAAUUUCUAAUUUUAUUUUUUUGAUUAUUUGUUUCUAUAUUGCUGUUAGAAAAAUCAAAAUAAAAAAAUAAAAUGAUGUGCAUUUUAGAAGACAAGAA